CAGGAAGGGAGGAUAGGACGGAGGAGAAGCACAGCAGAGCAUCAUUUGCUAUGCUUGAGGAAAGCACAGGGUAAGGGGAUUGGCUGUGGGAGGCUGAAGCGUCACUGCCAGUGAGGGAGAGCUUUGAGGAUGCUGGGAGGGAAUACAUUCGUUUGGAGUUUGUGCUGAGACCUCGGCCAUAAUCAGCCACACGCUCAGAGCAGGGAGUCUUCUCCACAAUAAUUUUUCACAACCACUGCUUGUUGACUCUUCUGCAGCCAUGAAUUAUUUGCGUCGGCGCCUCUCAGACAGCACUUUCAUCUCCAACCUUCCCAACGGCUACAUGACAGACCUUCAGAGGCCUGACCCGACUCAGCCUCCUCCACCUGCUUCCUCCACCCCUGCCAAGUCUCCUACAGCUGGGCCAACACCUCCAGCCACAUCCCCAGCCCCUGAGAGAAAACCUCAGCCAGUUCAAUCGACUGGGGCUGGUUUCUUUAGCUCGAUCACAAAUGUUGUUAAGCAGACAGCUGCCUCAGCAGGGCUCGUGGAGCAGACCCAAGUCACGACACCAAAGAAGUUCAAGAUUCUCCUUGUUAUCGAUGAACCACAGCAGGAAUGGGCAAAAUUAUUCAGAGGAAAGAAAUUACUCGGGGAUUAUGACAUCAAAGUAGAACAGGCUGAAUUCAGUGAGAUCAACGUUGUGGCUCAUGCCAAUGGAACCUGCGCUGUUAACAUGCAGGUUCUCAGAAAUGGUACCAAGGUUGGCAGGUCUUUCAAGCCAGACUUUGUCCUCAUUCGUCAACAUGCCUUCAGUAUGACCCAGAAUGAAGAUUUCCGCAACCUGAUUAUCGGUCUGCAGUACGGUGGUGUUCCAAGCAUCAACUCCCUCGAAUCCAUCUACAACCUGUGUGACAAGCCGUGGGCGUUUGCCCAGCUUAUCAACACUUUUAGGAAGUUGGGUGUAGACAAGUUCCCUCUGAUUGAACAGACCUUUUACCCAAACUACAAGGAGAUGGUGAGCAUGCCAUCAUUUCCUGUUGUUGUGAAGAUUGGACAUGCCCACUCUGGUAUAGGGAAGGUGAAGGUGGACAAUCACAGUAAGUUCCAGGACAUAGCCAGUGUCGUGGCUCUCACCCAGACUUACACCACUACAGAACCUCUCAUUGAUUCCAAGUAUGAUAUCAGAAUCCAGAAGAUUGGUACUGACUACAAAGCCUACAUGAGAACAUCCAUAUCUGGUAACUGGAAGACCAACACAGGCUCAGCUAUGCUUGAACAGGUGGCCAUGACUGAUAGGUACAAGCUGUGGGUAGACACCUGCUCAGAGAUUUUUGGGGGUCUGGAUAUUUGUGCAGUUAAAGCUAUCCAUGGAAAAGAUGGCAGAGAUUACAUCACAGAGGUGGUGGGCUCCUCCAUGCCGCUGGUAGGGGAACACCAGGCUGAGGACAGGCAGCUCAUUGCUGACUUGGUGUUGGCAAAAAUGAACCAAUCAGCAGAGAAAGAAGCCAAUGCUCCCCAAAGGCCCACCACCAUACAACCAUCCCAGGGAACCGGCCAGAAGGGUGAAAUCAUUGGUGAACCCACCAAGAAUGGUGCUGGCCGCCCUCCUCAAGGUUGUCUGCAGUACAUCCUUGACUGUAAUGGCGUUGCCGUGGGUCCAAAACCAGUUCAGGCCAAUUGAGUAACCCAGGAAAAGGGAAUUCUUAGAGUCUAGAUUACAAUGUGUACCUUAGCUAAACACAAGUGCUGAUGUGUUUGUGGAUGCUAACAUCUAGAAUCAGAUGUUGGAGGUGUGAGCUUGGUACAGCUGGGAGCUGGCCUGGACUGUGUUUUUAACUCUAUGCAGUGUCAAAAUGUACUGUCUACCUGUUGACCUGUUGAUUUGUGUGCUUAUGUGAAACUUAUGUUUCAGUAGCUGUGGUUUUCUUUGGGGCCGUUGUUGAUGAUGUGAAAAGAAGAUUGUGCCUAUACUGAGUUCAGUGCUGCUCUGUGCUCUCUGUUUGACCCAGCAAUUAAUCUUUCGUUUGCCCCUAAUGCCCUAUAUUUUUUUUAUUAUUAUUAUUAUUAUUUUGUGUGUACUUCUAGAUAUUGUUCAAACUGUGAACAAACAUACAGUUUGAACUUUCUGUAAAUCUUAAUAUGUAUAUGGUAAGUGGGUGUGUGUGGCUUUAGUGGUGAUUAUUUUCGUACUUCUACUAAUAAAUGAUUAUUUUUUACUUUUGCAUGAUUGAUACAACAACAGGUGCAAGUCAGUUAUAAACGUCUGAUUAAGUGGGAUGUUUAUCUAACAUGGCUGUUACAUCGCUGUGUUUAUCUAAGCUGUGUUCCCUGUGAUUCAUGCAUUGUGAAUGUGUAAUAAGAGAUACAUAAAUGUACAGGAUACAGCGUACACACAGUAGAUACAUGCAGUAUUUAGCCUUUUCUUACACUUUAUCUUUCCCUCUAUAAUAAUGUCACAAUGUAACUAGAAAAGAGAGCUGAUAGAAUAAGUGGAUGGCCGUAUAAUAUAAAAAGUUAAUUAUAGAGUUAUAAAAGAUAUUAACAUUUAAAAUGCUGUGCAGGUAUCUAGACACAACACACAAUAUAUUUGUAUAAUUUUUCAACCAAAGAAAAUAUUAUUUACUUUCAAAUAGCCUUUGGACUCCAGUACCCCCUGGGGUAAAUAUCAGUAAGGGGACUGUUAAUCAUGCACUUGGGCUGUGCAUUUUCAUUAAGGAAGUGGUCUAUGAAUAUACCUACAUUUUUAAAAUAGUCUAAUAUAGAACUGAUGCUGUAUUUAAGCUGUUGUUGUCUUUCUUUGUGUAGUCGUGUGGAAGCACACAGUAUUUCUGAUAAUCAAAAUGUGUGUAAUGUUUGAUUCGCCAUGAAAUAUGAGACUAAAAGCUCCCCCCAUAACCCUCACUGUAGACAUCAGCAAACUUGAGGGUGUUUCCAUGACAACAAUGCAAGUGCUCUGAGGUUUAUGUGGACUACUGUAGUAAUACUGUGCCCAUGUUACUGCCAUUCCUGUGUAUUGAUGGAAAGUGCAAUAUAAUUUUUUUUAAUCCAGUAAUAUACUGACAUUAAAAUCAGAUCUUCCAUUGAAUUAAUUCAAAAAGCUAUACAUUUCCACACAUUGAUUUGUUUUAGAAUAAGCUUUUUUGUUACUCUUAUAAUGUCACAGUCACCUGUUGUUCAGUUGCUUGUGUGAAAGUCAUUAAAAUUUAUUUAAUUCCCUAAAUAAUAAAACCGCUAAAAAGCAACCAAAUCAUCUGUAAAAAGAAAUCAGUGCCGUUCCCCAACAUACCAUUUACUUUAGUAUAAAAAUCUGUUCAGCAAGCCCUGUGUGCCGCUAUUUUUAAAGUUGUAUAAAGUGCCACUGUGUCCGUGAGUGUAUCCUUGUAAAAGCCAUGCCUGAGGCUUUAUGGAUGUGUUGUUCUGUUUCAUAGGAAAUAUGCCAUGACAUUCAUUUCCAAGGGAAGAAUAUGCAGAGGUACCUGAGUCAGUAAUAGCUGCAUUUUUAGGCUUUGGUCUGGUGACUGGGCAUGGUCAUGUGUCCAAUGUGUUGAGGUAAACCUGUAUCUGCAGACACAGUGAACUGUAACUAUUAAAGACUGUGGUACAUUUAAUACCAGUGUUGAUCUACUUAAAUCAAGAUCAGAAUAUAAUAUAUUGUGGAAAAAAUUCCUUUGUGGAUAUUUCCCCUCUGUCACUGGCAAUAAAGCUUCCUUUGCAAUA